AUGGGACGUCAAGAUAUAUUUUAUGUCAUGUACCGUCGACCGGCGCGCCCAUUAUCACGAGCGCACUUUAAAGUCCAGCUACAACUAAACUUCACGACAGUUUUACAGUUUUUAUUUUUUUUCAGCGGCGCAAUUCCUCAGACACUACUUAUUCUUCUGUAUCUCCGGGUUUCCUGA